AAAGAUGACCAUAAAAAUGAAAGCGUGUUUUUGCACAUGGUAUCGUCGACAGUGAACUGAACAUUAAUUGUGGCGAAGAGCGGACUAUUGUCAUUGCCGGUGUGAGACGAGGACGACCUACCAAGAUGUCCACCACUCUUAAAUCAUUCACUAAAGGUACGGAGUUUCCAGCUUCAAAGCCCGGAAAACUACGACUGUACAGCAUGCGAUUUUGUCCAUAUGCUCAAAGAACCAGACUGGUAUUGGCACACAAGAAAAUAGAAUUUGAGACAGUUAACGUUGACCUGAAGGCAAAACCUGAUUGGUUCCUGGAGAGAAAUCCACUGGGAUUGGUGCCCGUGCUGGAGCAGGAUGACAAGAUUAUAUACGAGUCUGCAGUCACGAGUGACUACCUCGACGAAGUCUACCCAGACAAUAAACUGACCCCAUCUGACCCCUACAGGAAAGCACGCGACAAAAUGCUAAUGGAGAUGUUUGGCAAGGUGAUUACCAAUUAUUACGGUACACUAAGGAGCAAAGGCGAGGACAAAGACAUUGUAGAGAAUCUAUUGAAAAAUCUUACACCAUUUGAAAAGGCGUUAGGAGAAAGAGGCAUCUACUUUGGAGGUGAUCAACCUUCGAUGUUGGAUUUCUUUGUGUGGCCAUGGUUCGAACGAAUGGCCGUCCUAUCGAAGAUACUACCUAAUACAGAUCCCUUGCCAGCUGAGAAGUUCCCUAACCUCACAGCUUGGGUUGAAGUGAUGAAGUCCCAACGCGCUGUCAAGGAAACUAUGUUCGAUAUCCCCACACACCUCGCUUUCUAUCAGAGCUAUGCAUCAGGAAAACCUAACUACGAUGUAGGGCUGACCAUGUGAUGAUCCAGAGGGUAGACACCUUUGUGGAUAGUAGACGAUAGUUGAUAUAAAAAUAACAUUGAAACUACAAAUCUAUAUAUAUUUAUAUAUUUAUAGGCGAAAUAUUUAUUGUAGUGAAAAUGUGAAAAAAAAUGUUUUGAGUGUUAACACAGGAAAAAACCAUCAAGGUUUAAUUUCUUUGAAACUUUGACAUAAGAUGUGUGACAUCAUUUUUUUUUCAUAGCACAAUUCUUAAAAAAAUUGAAUUUUACGUAAAAUUUAGUCAGUGCGAGGCUACCACUUUAAAAGUGUACUGAAACGCAUGCUUUUAAUCAGUUCUAAUAGAAUUUUGUGCGAACUUCAUCCUCUUAUAUCCUGUGUCACUACAUGUAUCUCUUACUAAGACCACGUCUAAGAGUGGAAGGGGUGUACAACUAUAACGUGAUAUAUUCAUUUUGAAAUGCAGCUGUUUACAAAAUAAAAAGAAUAUGUUUUUAAAACC